AACUACAGCUAGAGCUCGAAGGGCGUUCGAUUAUUUCGGCCAUUUUGGUCGUGCUCUGUGUCAUCUCUCCCCUUGCGAAUCACAGCUCGCAGCGCUGUGCCACGCAAUUGCUUGCACGCCAUUCGUACAUAGUAAACGCAGCAAAGGCAGAAUUCAGCCAGAACUACGCUGCGGAGUGAUUCACUGUCCGCUCGUUAGCCUCACGCUCUCCGACGUGACAAACGAGAAGAGCCAUUCUUCACGAGGCGCCACCCUCUCUGUGCCUGGAGCUGUCGAUACAAGCCAGCCGUCCCAUAGCUCGUCCUUUCGAAAGAAUUCGAACAGGAGCCAUGACUGACAAUAACGACAUCUUUCAAGGAGACAAGGUACCUGACUGGCUCACAGCGACCACAGAGCAAGAAAACAACUUUACGGUGGGCCACUCUCCUGUAUUCGACGGGCAAUUCCGAGCUGCGCCGGUGGUUGCCACUCCUGGCUGUUUCUUCUACGUUGAAUGCGGAAAUGGCUCCUCAGCUCGAGGUUUCGAAUUCGGAUCUGCGUUCGGCAGGGAAUGUGGAACAUAGGAGCGCCGACAGGUUAUCCAAUCUUCAGUGAAUCCUCAACGACGAUUCUUCUCCUUCUUCUUCUUCGGGACGCGCAAACAUUUCCGAAUUGAAGUUCAUGUACGCGAAGAAGCAUUUCAGAUUUCUCCUUCUGUCACUCGUCUCCAGGAGCCCGACAGCGCCGACUUCAGAAUCGAUGAGUUUGUAAAUAAUAUUACUGUACCAUGUAAUUAAAGCCAAAUCUGACUACGUCUAGGUUGGCAAUCGGCAUCAUUGGCUCUCACACUCGGAUUCGUUUAGAAGAAUACAUGACAACUUGGCCCCGCACUCCUUUCAGCAGAAGGAUAGUCUCUUUGAGGGGCUGUUACGUUUGGCCGGCAGAUUAAACAACAGCUUCGAGCUGCAGGAAGAAGUUUCAGGCAAUAGAAACCUUUAAUCCACGACGUGCACAAGGAUGAUCAUGAUGCAGCUCGUCGAAGGGUAUGACGCUGCUGGAAGCUAGAAAUCCACCCUACGCACUGGGUAUUACGAGCUUCAAGUCUCGCUCAAAUUGUUCAUUCUACUAUUUGUGAAGAUCCCCACUGUAACAUAGUCAACCAGGGUGGUCUUCAAGUAUUAUGUCUAAGCUGCAAUUAAAUACAGAUUCAUGUUCAAGCUCAUCUUAUUAGUUAGCUGCAGUGCAAUUCCUCCACCCUGCAGCUCAACAGCUAGCAAGGGGCGGAUUAAAAUUCAAUGUACAUUAUGCAGGAUGUUAAGAUUUCCGCACCGUCCGUGCUGGUUAUGCAGGCUAGCCUGAUGCAAC